CAACGACCCUUAAUUUUCCACGUAUUAAAGCAAGAAAUAUAUCCUUCAUAUAUCAAUCUUGCAAAUUCCCACUAUUUCACAUCAGAAUCUCUCUCAAAAACUAUCUCCCCUUGUUUUUCCAAUUAUAUUCUGCCAUUUGUCACCGGAGAAAUGAUCCGCUAUAUCGCCGGCGUACCAUUAAUUCUGUUCUUACUCUUAAGUUCACUCGUUGAGAGCCGUCAGAUCUUCGACGACUUCCUUCGAUUACCGUCUGAUCAUGAUUUUCCACGCAGCAACGACGUUGAUGAUGAUCAAAUCGGUACUAGAUGGGCGGUUUUGAUUGCUGGCUCAAAUGGGUACUGGAAUUACAGACAUCAGGCUGAUGUUUGUCAUGCUUACCAAGUUUUGAAGAAAGGCGGUCUGAAAGAUGAAAAUAUCAUUGUUUUCAUGUACGAUGACAUUGCUUAUCACGAAGAGAAUCCAAGACCAGGUGUCAUCAUCAAUAGCCCCUAUGGAGGUGAUGUUUACGCAGGGGUUCCCAAGGAUUACACCGGGAAUAAUGUGACUGUCCACAACUUUUUUGCUGCUUUACUUGGAGACAGAGAAGCUAUUACUGGUGGGAGUGGAAAGGUGGUGGAUAGCGGCCCUAAUGAUCAUAUAUUCAUCUAUUACUCAGACCACGGUGGUGCUGGUGUACUCGGUAUGCCUACUGUUCCAUUCCUCUAUGCUGAUGCGUUGAUGAAUACAUUAAAGAGAAAGCAUGCUUCUCAAACAUAUAAGAGCUUGGUAUUUUAUGUUGAAGCCUGUGAAUCUGGGAGCAUCUUUGAGGGUCUUCUUCCUGAAGGGCUUAAUAUCUAUGCUACCACUGCUUCCAAUGCUGUAGAAAGUAGUUGGGGGACCUAUUGUCCUGGGGAUUAUCCUGGGCCUCCUCCAGAGUAUGAAACGUGUCUGGGUGAUUUGUAUAGUGCAGCUUGGAUGGAAGACAGUGAGAUUCACAACUUGCGGACUGAAACCUUGAAGCAUCAAUAUGAACUGGUUAAGAUGAGGACAUCCAAUGGAGGAUCUCGUUAUGGCUCUCAUGUCUUGCAAUUUGGUGAUAAAGAUCUUAGCAAAGACAAGCUUUAUAUGUACAUGGGUUCAAAUCCUGCCAAUGAGAAUUUCACGUAUGUGGAUAAUAACUCAUUGCACCCACCGUCUUCUAAAGCCGUUAACCAGCGGGAUGCUGAUCUUGUCCACUUCUGGGAAAAGUUCCGCAAGGCUCCUGAAGGCUCUCAAAGCAAGAUGGAAGCUCAGAAACUGUUUAUGGAGGCAAUGUCACAUAGAAUUCACUUAGAUCACAGUAUUAAACUUGUUGGAAAGCUUUUGUUUGGAAUAGAGAAAGGUCCAGAGAUCUUAGAGACUGUUCGGCCUGCUGGGCAACCCCUCGUUGAUGACUGGACUUGCCUUAGAACAUUGGUAUGUUCUGAAAAUUCCUCUCCAAUUUUCGUCAUCAAAAGUCUAUUUUCCCUUGCUCAAAAAUUCUUUCCGUUCUACUUAAAUUGUUCAAAUUUUCCUUUUCUUGUUAUUCAAAAACAUACUCUCUCUGUCCUCACUUAAAAUUUUAUGUUAGAA